CUUGAUGAUUGUUCUUGGAUGUUCUGAGACACAGAGAAAAUUCAAUGGCUUCAACCAGUCUUUCUAAACACUGUAUGUCUUCUAGGCAUUAUGUAAUUCUGUUACUUGUAUUGGCAUGCUCCUGUUUCAUGGUGAACAUUCUGAACUCAAUUGAGAGCACAAGUAAUGGAGAUUCCUUGGAGAUAGGACAUAAACAUAAACUUAUCCCAAUGGAAACUCUGCUACCUAGGAGCAAGCAGGCAAAGUUAAGUGCAAAGGCAAAUGAUCAGCUGAAUUUUGUGAAGCAAAAUAAACAUGGUGAGGCGAAUAAGGUAGAAAAUGAGCAUCUAUUUGAUAACAAAACAGGGCAUCCUAAUGUAGGGGAGGAGAAUGAGGGAGAAAUUAAGGAGAAUGAAGCAGAAAUUAAGAAGAAUCAGGGAGAAGUUAAGGAGAAUGAAGCAGAAAUUAAGGAGAAUAAGGGUGAAGUUAAGGAGAAUGAAGCAGAAAUUAAGAAGAAUGAGAGAGAAAUUAAGGAGAAUGAGUCAGAAACUAAGGAGAAUGAGGAAGAAAUUGGGGAUAUAUUCCACAACAAAGCAAUCUUUCGUCAGGACUAUAAGGAGAUGAAGAAGAAAUUCAAAAUCUAUGCAUACCCACAUGAAGCAAAAGAUGCAUUUGCAAGUAUAUUUCUACCAGAGAGGGGCAAGCCUGGUGGGAAUUAUGCCAGUGAAAGCUACUUUAAGAAGGCUCUCAUGCAAAGUCAUUAUCUCACAAAUGAUCCCACAGAAGCAGAUCUUUUCUAUCUGCCAUUCUCCAUUGCAACUAUGAGGAAUGAUAGAAGAGUUAGUGUUGGUGGAAUGAAAAAUUUCAUCAAGAAAUAUAUUGAUAAAAUCAGCCAAAAUUAUCCAUAUUGGAACAGAACAAAUGGUGGUGAUCAUUUCUAUGUGGCCUGUCAUUCAGUGGGCAGGACAGCAAUGGACAAAGCAGUGGAAGUGAAGCUGAAUGCAAUUCAAGUGGUGUGUUCUUCAAGCUACUUUGUUCCAAGCUAUGUUGCACACAAGGAUACAUCAAUACCUCAAAUCUGGCCCAGACAAGGGAAUUCCAUGGGACUUUCUUCUGUCAAAAGAAACACAUUAGCUUUCUUUGCAGGGGGAAUCAACUCACAUGUUCGUGCUAAAAUACUAGAAGUGUGGAAAAAUGAUUCAGAGAUUUCUGUCCAUUUCGGAAGGCUUCCUACCCCAUACUCUGAAGCUAUGUUGAGAAGUAAAUUUUGCCUUCAUGCAAAAGGAUAUGAAGUGAACACAGCAAGGAUUGGAGAUGCUCUCUAUUAUGGGUGUGUGCCUAUUAUAUUUGCAGAUCAUUAUGAUCUUCCAUUCAAUGAUAUUCUUAAUUGGAAAUCAUUCUCUCUUGUUAUUUCAACUCUUGACAUUCCAUUGUUGAAAGAUGUACUUCAUAGUAGAGGGUUAAAACAAUAUAAUGAACUACAAAGUAAUGCUCUUAAAGUUAGGAAACAUUUCCAAUGGCACAUGCCUCCCUUAGACUAUGAUGCAUUUAAUAUGGUGAUGUAUGAGUUGUGGUUGAGGCAUCAUGUAUUAAGAGCCCCGUUGUAAUAAAUUA